AUGUUGGCACUCUUCGCAGAAUUGGUUCGAACGUUCGGAAUAAGCCAUCUGCGGACUACGCCCUAUCAUCCCCAGUCAGAUGGUAUCAUCGAGCAAUGGCACCGAACUCUCAAGGCAGCCAUCCUUUGCCACAACCAGGACCGUUGGACCGAACAUCUUCCCAUGAUUCUACUCGGAUUGCGUACCGUCUACAAAGGUGACAUCCGUGCUUCGCCAGCAGAGAUGGUGUAUGGAACAACACUUCGCAUACCGUCGGAGUUCUUCCACGAAAAUCCCAGCAACAACACCCAAUCGGAAUUCGUAAAUGAACUUCGAGAUGCCAUGCGUAUGCUGCGACCACCUGAUACGGCAUGGCAUGGAAAAGGUAAUGUGUUUGUGCACCCCAACCUCAAAACGUGCACAAACGUGUUUGUACGCAACGACUCCAUAAGGCCAUCAUUAUCACCACCCUACGACGGUUCAUACCAGGUGCAUAGCCGAAACGACAAGCACUACCGAGUCAACAAUAAUGGUCGGAGCGUCAACAUUUCAAUCGACAGACUGAAACCAGCCUACAUGCUCGACGAUCACCAGCCAUCAGCACCAGUUAACGAUCGUCCAGCUGCAACAACAUCGGAGCCCCAACCGGCGAGAUUCACUCGAUCAGGACGACGAGUGAUGAUUCCACUUCGAUAUCACUAA